AUGACCCAACAGCCGUCGUCACCCAAGUCGGGUGCCAGCCCUUCCGCUUCGCCUGCUGCUCCUCGUACCGCGGCUUCUCCUACGGUCGUUGCCUCUUCGCUGGGCGCCAGUCCUUCGGCUGCACCGGCUGCUCCUCCUGCCGCUGCGUCUCCAUUGCUCAUUGCCACUUCGUCGGGCGCCAGCCCUUCCGCACCGCCUAUCGCUCCUCUCAUUGCGGCUUCUCCCUUGCUCGCUGCUGCUUCUCCCGGCACUAUUAUUCCUGCGGUGCCUGCCGAACUGGUGCAGCCGUUUGAGCCUCUGUCUGAUGACGACGCCGACUCGACCCUUGAGGAGGAUGCCGCCAGCUCGACGGCUUCCAUCGCCUCCAGCAUCUUGCACUAUCGCACGGUCAACGGCCGCACCUACCACAGCGAUCGUGUCGGAUCUGAAGGCUACUGGGCCCCCAACGACGACGAAGCCAAUAAUUUUCUCGAGAUUAUAUACCAUGCCCUGACGUUGGCCAUGAACGGCAAGCUGUACUAUGCGCCGCUGCCGGAUAACAUCCAAAAAGUCCUCGAUAUAGGCACUGGAACUGGCAUCUGGGCUAUUGAUUUCGCUGAUGCACAUCCCGAGGCUACCGUGAUCGGCACCGAUCUGUCGCCCAUCCAGCCGGGAUGGGUGCCGCCCAACCUGUUCUUCGAGAUCGAGAACUUCGAAGAGUGGUCGUUCAGCGAGCAGUCGGUCGACUACAUCCACCUGCGCUACCUCGUCGGUGGCGUCCGCGACUGGACGAAACUCUUCAAGGACGCGUACAAGACGCUCAAGCCCGGCGGAUGGGUCGAGAGCUACGAUUUUGACGGCAGCGCCUUCUCCGAUGACAACACAGUAACAAACGAAAUGGCCUUGUCCAAAUGGGGCGACAUCUUCCAGCAGGGCUGCGACAAGCUUGGCAUCGGCGCCUCUUUCAGCCCCAUUGCCGACAAACUCAUCCGCCGCGGCAUGGAAGCUGCCGGUUUCGUCAACAUUGUCGAGGUGCCCAUCAAGAUCCCCAUCUCCGAAUGGGCCGCUGACCCUGCGAUGCGCGAGAUCGGCCUCUACACGCGUGCCGCCUUUGAGGGUGACAUGAAUGGCGCUGUCAACAUGCCUGCCACCCAGCUCGGCUGGAGCAAGGAGGAGAUCACGGUCUACUGUGCCCGCAUGCGCAAGGAGAUGCGGAACCUCAAGAUUCACGCCUACUUCAUGACCCAGGUCAUGUACGGGCAGAGGCCGUUGGCGUAA